AUGCAUGUCACCUGGUUAAAGAACCAGACAGCAACUCAUGUCCUGGACAACAAGACACCAUAUCAGAUGCUGUACAAAAAGGUGCCAAACCUAAAGCACCUACCAGUCUGGGGUUGCCACGUCAAAGUACACUCAAUGAAUGGCUCCAAGCUUGAUAUGCACACCAUAGAUGGUAGAUGGAUGGGAUUUGAUCGCAACAGCAAUGGUCACUGA